CCGGCGUCAAAAAUGGGAAAUGGGAAAAUAGAUAGUUUCUCUGCACUAUGUCGGCGCAAAAAAUGGAUGGGCGCGACCAGACCAGCGAUGCGUCGUCCGUUCCUGGCUCCUUCAGGCGUCUCCACUGGUUGUCUGUUCAACAACAGGCAGGAUGAGGCAGCAGUAGUGGCGGGGAAAGCGGAUGUGUUGGAGGGAUAUGGAAUCGGACCUUCGGAGGCAGAAACCAUCGAUGCCCAUCCGUGGAUCGGAAGGAGGGUGCCGGAUCCACCAGGGCCGAUUUCCCUCGCUCGAAAAGGCAACUGUUAUCAUCGCUCGCUCCGUCUCAUGCCAGAACCCCCGAUUACUAACUGUACUCCCUUUCUCCCAUCAUCCGUGAAGGUUGCUAUUUCCACGGGACCAAAGGGGCCAGCUGCAUUCCCGAUUCAUAAGCUCACGGUGCAGAACCAGGAGUCCCCUAACUUGGCCAGCCUCACUACUGUAAUGGGUCUAGUCGAGGACACCAGUCACAUCCCCACCCGGGGACAGCGACGUUCCUGAGCGAGAUGUAUACCAAGUGACCAACCGUGGAAGUAGACGCGUAUUCCGGUCGCGCAGAAUAAUAAUCAGCAAGCACCAUGCACUCUGAUUGUGACCCGAGGGAUAACAAGAAAGUUUACGGCGUCCAGCGUAUUCGUUUGGCAGGCAAGAGCAUUGACCCAAGUGCGUGCACUGCACUAGCUAAUGCUAAUACAUUGGGGAAAGGGAUUGAUUGACCUGUGCACGGAAGCAGCAAUCCCGGGCGGUGGUC